AGACACAUGCGAAUUAGUACAUGUGUCACUACCUCUUCAUUCUUCUUAAAAGCAGUAGUCAUAAGGUCCGUCGCGAUACAAGCACACCCAGGAGCGUUUGCACUGUCCGAGCGGGCAUGAUACAUAUACUGCAUCAGUUGUUAGACCUGAUAUCGUGUCGUACACUCGUCACUUCCCCCGUUCAGCACAUCUAGAGUUUACCCACGCGCGUGCGUGGUGCACGAGACACACGACCUCACUCACCAGUGCCUCGAGCGCCCCACUCAGCGAUUCCUUUGGUCAUUUGUUUUCUUGCAGCCAACCGCCCCAAAGUCUUUUCACUCAUACAACUUCGUAGAAUAUGCCGCUCUUAACUAAGAUGAUGGAUACCGCCGAGAGCUUUAGCGAUAAAGCUAUUGAGUUUGCUCAAGAUCAAGUCGCCAGACGUGAAGAGGAAGAGGACCAACCUGGAUACGUCCCGAAGCACAAGUCAAUCGUGAGGAAAGCCGUGGAAGCUGCAGAGGACUUCAUCGCCGAACAGGGGUCUCCUCGGUCCAGAUCCAGAUCCAGCUCAAGCUCUAGUUCAAGCUCCAGCUCGAGUUCCAGCUCGAGUUCGGAUGACGAGAGUGAAAAAGCAAGUAGCCGAUCGACUGUGAUCGUCGAGACUACCACAAGUGUUAUUAGCGCGGGCGACUCGAGUGAUUACAACAAACCAAGGUAUCCUAUCGUGAACAACGGCAACGACUACGUCGAAGAUCGUUACACUGAGGAAUCGCGCGAUGGUUCUGCCGUAUAUGAACGACGCACCGUUGAGGUGUCGUCCUCUUACCCGCAUGAAACACUUACGGCGGUCAACUCCUACGACUCGAACUCGAACAUCGAUCCGAGCUAUUCGCACGUCGAGGAGAUUGAUAGUUACACCACAAGCUCGGUGUAUCGCUCGCCGUACGAUCGGAAUGACAACAAUACCAAUACCGAUUCUCAACUUGAGGGGUAUUCAAGCUAUGAGAGGAAUAAUACCUCCGCUUUCUGCAACAAUACUGCUGGAUCUUCCUCCUACUCGUCCCGUGUCGAAGAAGAUGUUAGCUACCCCAGUAGAACGGGUACGAGUCUCGAAUUUAACUCGAGACAAGAGAGCAUUUCGAGCUAUCGCGGCAUGGACGGACAAGAUGACGCUAGCUGUGAAGCGUUCAAUAAUCUGUCCCUGGAAAGCUCAUCCCGUUUCGAACGGUCCGACCGUGAUACGGACGAGUAUCCACGAUACGCGCGAAAUGAUCCCGAUCGCUUUAUCGAGAACAACACGUACGGAUCGUCCUCCUACUCGACUCGUUUCGACAACUCCAACCGGGAUACUGCGAGUCGCUAUGACACCUCGACGUAUUCGGGCGAGAGCGACAGCGACAGCGACAGCUACAGCUACAGCUCGUCAAGAGAGUAUUCGCGCCGAUCAGGUGAUGAUGAUGCCUGCUACGACGGCAGAAACUACCCAGCCACUGGACCAAGCGGUGGGUAUAAUGAAAGCAGCAUGGACAUGACGCAGAAUCGCGUGACCUACUCGAGAGAAGUGGUCACCUCGACUAGGACCCACAACUAUGAAAACUACUGAAUCGUUUCCGAUAAAUUUCAUCGUAAAUUUCAUUCGUAACUUGAUUUUUAGCU